AUGGGCCCAAUUAUCAAGAUCAAGAAAUUGAAAAAUUCUGGGGACGAUCAGAGUGAGGGGCAGCCUAAAACGAAGAGGAUUAAGCUGAAGAACAAGGCUCAAGAUGAAUCCAAGCAACGACAAACUUCUCCUCAAGCCCCGAAGAUAAAAUUGACGUUGAAAAAGAAAGAUAGCGAGCCAGCAGUGAAUGCUGUGGAUUUGAAACAGCCGGUGAAGUUGAAGUUAAACCUCAAGAGGGAUUCUGCGACUCCUGUGCCCAUCAGCAGCAGCAGUAGUGCGGUAGUUACUAAGGCACCAAGAAUUCGAGUUAAACCACCUCGCGUUCCCGGAGAAGGGUAUGAUUCGGAGGCCUCUGAUAUAGAGGAUGAUCCUCUAAUGGAGGAAGGAAUAAUACUUCGUGUAUUACCAGAUAUACGGGCCGAAUUCGUGAAGAAUUCGAUCGACAGCGGUGAUUAUUCAGGCAUUAGUAUUAAAUGGAAGGGCGAGAGGCAUGCAGUGGUCAAGAUAAAUGGUUAUCAAUACGGGGCUGUAUUAUUAAAUUUACCCACGAUACUAGAAGUGAACAAAUCUGUAGAUAGAAAGAAUCUCCUCAAGACAUUUGAUGUUUCGCAGAUCCUUCUGUGUAUUGCUCUAAUCAAUAUGGAGGAGGAUGUGUUUGAGUUGCAGCCGCCUGAUGCUGAGGAUCUGGUGAAGAAACAUUUUGAGCGCUAUGAAAAGGAAAUUGUGGAAUCCCGAAAGAAGAUGAUGAAAGGGUUCCAAGGUGGGUCACUAACGGAUGCAGAAAGCAAACACAUAGAUGCCAUAUCGGAGAAGUGUUACGACUAUAAACACGGAAUUACCCCUCCGCUUUACAAUGUGAGAAAUCGAAGGUUCCGUCGGCAUAUGACGGGUCCAGAAAUUGACUAUAUAGAAAAGGCGGUUGAGAUUUUACUCAAACAAGAUAGCGAAGCGGAGGAGUUUAGUUACGAGCUUGUGGAUGAAGAUGCAGUACUCCAGAAGACUUCAUCAACGCUGGAUCUCGCGCACUUUCCUGCUAGUGUCGGUGCCGGUGGGGCCAGUGAUUCCGGUGGUGGUAGUGCGGGUGGGGUCGGUGCUGGUCCUGCCGUAGGCGGUACUAUCGCUGGUAGCGGUAUCAAUCAGAAACAUGUUCCUUCAGUGAGUAUGACCCCUCUGGUUGCAACCGGCAACACGUCUGUGGAUAGCGGUUUAUUUGGCGACAGGUUCGAAAACGACGAUCACGAAGAUCUCGAAUUGGAAUUAGAACAAGCGCUUCAAGGAUCCUCCAAUCACGAUGAAAAGGCCGCCACGGCAGAUGACCAAAUUUUAUUAGAGGAGGCUGGUGAUGAAGUGGAACAAUACAACGGCGAUGAGGACGACGAUGAAGACGACGACGACGAAGACGACGACGACGAAGAAGAAGCUGCUCAGAAAACGGCCAAGCCUGAAACCAACGAAGAUGUCCAGCACAACGAGCUCCUGAAGGAUGAGCUCGGCGAACUCGAAAGUAUUCUUCAGCAAAACAGAGACAAGCUUUCCAAAGCCACAAACCCGUUACUGAAAUCGCGGUUCAUCGACAGUAUUAAUAAAUUGGAAAAAGAAGUUGAAAUUAAACGCAAGCAACUGCUGGUAAGUGAAGAAUCUCUUCAGAACAACUCCACUCUCAUUCUCGACGCCAAGAUAGCACCCACGUCUCGUCCUGGGGAGGAGGAAGACGACGAUGAAGACGAAGACGACGAAGACGACGACGAAGAGGAAGAAGAAGAUGAAGAUGACGACGACGACGACGACGAUGACGACGACGACGAUGACGACGACGACGACGACGACGACGACGACGACGACGACGACGACGACGACGAAGAGGACAACGAUCAUGAACAUGACCACGAACAUGCGCAGCCGGUAGAACAAAAACAAAUCCAAAAACAGGAUAACGAAGAAGACGACCACGAAGAAGAACAAGAACAAGGAGUCCGCCAAGUACACGAAGACAACCACAAAGUACAACAAUCAGAAAACCACGAAGACCCUGUCGGAGAACAACAAACGCACAGCGUCCCGCCUACCACAGAACAACCCCGAAUGCUAGGAGGUGACGAGGAACUCGACCAGGAUGACAUGGACAUGAUGAUGCUCUUCGGCGCCGAAGGAGACGACUAA